AUGAGCCUGAAGGACCUGCUAGUCCUAAGUCCGGUACCUGGUCUCGAUGCUGCUGUAACCAUCUUAACCGCUACAUGGAACAACGUUCAGAACGUGAAGGUCUACAAGCAACAAUGCCACGACCUGAGCACACGUUGCACGAUGCUCAUUCUAGCCCUCAACGAGGGGAUGCAGAAUCAGCAUCAAUCCAACGAUUGGGCCACGGAACUCGAGAAUGUUGUCCGCGCGAUCAACGCCAAAGUGCAAGAAUGGGCCAGGUUGAACCGCCUCAAAUCGUUCCUCCAACAGAGCGAAAUUCAAGAAGCCCUCCACCGUUUCCACCGACGUCUCGACGGUGCAAUGGACAGGUAUCAUAUAGCCGCUACUUUAGAAUUUCGAAGGGGGUUGUACGAAUCCCGAGCUAUUCUGGAGCGAGACAAGGCCGAGAUGCGUACAGUCCUGCAGCAGAUCGCGAGGGAUAACUCGGACCUCAGGUCACUCUUAAGCGAGACCUCCGGCAAACCUCUCGAGGAAAUCAUGGAGCACUUCCAGACAGAACUCAUGGACCCUGAAAUCCCCAAACCACAGAAAGACGACUUUCGUUUUGGGCUGUGGUGGCUACACUCGCGUUCGUCCAAACUGCCUCCCUUGCCAGAUCUCACUGGUCAAGUCACCAAGGAGAGCGAGCAUGUUGCGUUCUUCGGGACCUUCAACGAUAUUUAUAAGGGACGGUGGUUGAACGAGAAGAUGGUCGCACUCCGUUUACCAAGGAGUCUACCCAACACACCACGUCUACAACGGCGAUUUGAAGAAGAAGUGAAGAUAUGGCGCAAGCUUAACCAUCCCAACGUGCUCACGCUGUACGGCAUCACGAAGAUAGGACAGUACGUCUACCUGGUGAGCCCGUGGAUGGACAAUGGGACCGCCAUCAACUAUAUCCAGAAGAACCCCAACGUCGAUCGACUUGGACUGUUGGAACAGAUUACCUCAGGCCUCGAGUAUCUCCACUCUCAGAACAUUGUUCACGGCGACAUUCGAGGGGCCAAUAUCCUGAUAUCCGAGAACGGCGUCGCUCUGUUAGCUGACUUUGGGCUAUCAAAGUUCUUGGGGGAUAUCGGAACUGUCGCUCAAGCGAUGACAGUAACCGUUGCGUCCAACCCUCGCUGGUCAGCUCCAGAAAUCCUCCGCAAUGCAGGCUCGAAAUCCACGGUCUCACCAUAUUCUAAGAAAUCCGACAUCUGGUCCAUUGGGAUGACCUUCCUCGAACUUCUGACGGGGGAAUGCCCAUAUGCGUAUGAAUCCAUUGACGUCGCCGUACUUAGGCUCAUCGACAACAACGAGACGCCAAAGCGGCCCCGGGAAGGGAAAUACCACCACAACAUUACGGACCACUUGUGGAAGCUCAUGACUCGAUGCUGGAAGAUGAAACCAGACUCUCGCCCCGAUAUCGCUUACGUUAGGGGCAAGCUGAUACGAAUACGGGAGGAAGCCUAUUCUCCAGACGCUGCUCAACAGUCCACGCAGGCGGCGAGUCUAUUCUCCCCUUCCUUCAUCUCCACCAGAGUAGGCACAUCGAGACACCAACGCGUGGCCACGGUUGAUAACUAUAGCGUCGUCAGCAGCAACAGUGGCAACGACAGGAACAGGCCGCAGGAUCUACCUACGCUCGACGUCCCACAGAAUGGAAAUCUAUCGCACCGCCCACCAAGUUUGCGCCCGUCAACAAGCGGGAGUAGCAACAGCGGUAACUCCAGUAACUCAGGCGGGCCCAGCAAACACCGACCAAAUGCCCCCAGGUUCUCUCCAAUUGAUGAGGACACUGCCCUCUCCCCAACCUCGUACUCCUCCAGCCCUCCAUCGAUAUCCCCGCUGUCAGCCUUCUCCGCUCAAGCUCUCACCGGUCGUAGCCCUGCCAAACGACAGGGUACAGGCUUUUCCGGUUUCUCGGGCACGAAUGCGAACAAGCAUCCAGCUCCGCCGUCGCCGAGCGCAUCCAUAAGUAGCAGCAUUGACGGAAACUACCGUCGAGAGUUCUCCAGCGCUCCUCGCCUACCCCCCGUGUCCCCGCCUUCAUCUGCUGGGUUGCUGUCCGAGUUGGGUUGGAGCAAGUCGUCAUCGAGCAAUUCUGCCAGCAGUAGCCGGACGGUCACUCAAGGAACAGCGUACACGCGCAUGGACUUGCGGCAAUCCAAUGGAACCCGAUCCAACGGGAACAGUGGGCAAAACAUACUAUACGAGAAUAAUGAAGAGACAACCCCCCACCGCGCCACCCCUUCCUCCUCGCCCCCCAACGCGAACCAUCCGUGUACUGCCCCGCUACCCAUGAAAGGCAAGGCCCGUUCCAUUGACACUGUGGGCGUGAAAAGCAUAUUUUCCACCAACUCCAGUGUCCAACCGUCAGACGAGCUUCAAACCGCCAUCUCAAGCCCGGAACCGAUCGUUUACACCAAUGCGGACAGGGUCACAGCUGGUACUUUACAAGGGCUUGUCGAGAGGCUUAUCAACAACUUCAAUCUCCAGAAAGAUAUGGAGUUUCGCGAUGUGAUGCUUACAGCGUGUAUCGACUUCAUCACCCCGGAGGAUAUGUUUAAUAUUCUGAUCCGCCGCUUCGAGGAUGCCGAGCAAGGGUCGGACAUGAGGCCUGAAUUACGAUUGGGUAUCCAAUAUACGAUCUUCAAGGUGCUUAUGUACUGGUUGUUGGGCCGACAUCUCCCCGUGAACACCGCCCUCCUCUGGCGAAUGGAAGAAUUCUGUCAAUCGGCGAUCAAGCUCAAGACCUCGCAGCCCAUGAUCAUGAAGGGCAACGAGUUGCUCCAACUCAUCGAAGAACGGAUAGCGGAACAAAGACUUGAGGAAUCUCGGAGCUCGCCAUUCGACUUGUCUCCCGAUCGCAGAGUGUUGUCAUCCUCCCAAAUUACACCACGGGAUCUCGCCAUCGCCCUCACUCUCCUCGAGGGUGACAAGUUCCGCAAGAUACAGCCAUGCGACUAUCUCGCCCACCAACGACGCCAACCAAUUAGCGGUUAUCUCAACCACGUCAAAGCCGCCGCCAUCGUUAACACGCGUAUCGUCCAAUGGGUGAAGCAGUCGAUCCUUCACUUUGACGAAGUCAGACACCGAGCAGACGUCAUCAAGUUCUACAUUAACACCGCGAGGAAUCUACUCUCCGAGAAGUUCAAGAAGUGGUUGAAUGAGAUUGUGUCAAUUCUCUAUCCAAUGGACGAUUACGCAGCCUAUCGCUCAGCAUUGCGUGAAAUCCAUGAUCCUCAAUACGCCGACUAUUGCAUCCCAUGGCUAGAACUGCAUCUCGACCAACUAGCCCUACUCCUCCGCGAGAACAGCCGAGUGGUCGAAAUCGACCAUCACCCGCUGAUCAACUUCAAACGCUACCUCGAAUACGUCAAGCAAUUCAAAUCAGUCCUUGGAUUCACACCCGCAGAUCUAGAAGAGUACAGAGAUCAGGGACAGCUUGCCUAUCUCGAGCAUCAGCUCGCUGGAAUCGAGGUCACUGAUUCGGCGGAUGACGAGAUGAUGAAGAGGAGUUUGGAGUUGGAACAGGGGGAGACGAAGCUUUAUGAACAUCGCGUUUUGGAGCGGCAGAGUUUGGGCUUCGCCACGCCCAGAAAGUAUCGGACGUCAGGCAAGUAA